AUACAUUUAUGAUUAUUUUUAUGUCAGUGUUUUUGAAUUAAUUGAUUUCAGUCCCGUACCUCAGAAGUGACUUUAUGUGGUUUGCAAGGGGAAAGGGAUAUGAAUGAUACCGGACGACAAGAGAAAGAGUUAAGUUAGAGAGACCUACAAAUGUACAUGUACAAUAGACUACUCGUGUAAGAUAUUUUUGAGAUUUAAUAAGUCAAUGUCAGAUUUAUUCAGAACUGAAAGAGAAAAGCGAGAUUAUUAUGUGAUCAAAUCUUUGUGAAAAAUAAAUCCUGGAGGAAAUAAAAGAAGAAGAAAUGGAGAGAAGAACUGUGAUAGGUGUUGAAGGAAUGACCUGUCAAUCAUGUGUUCAUACUAUAAAGACAGGUCUAGAAUCAGAAAAAGGUGUACUAAACGCACAGGUUUUUCUUGAAAAUAAAGAAACAGUUAUUGAAUAUAGUCCUACAGAAACAAACCCACCAAAUUUAGCUGCCAAAAUAGAAGAUAUGGGAUUUGUUGCCCGUAUUAGAGAUGUCCAUCCAAGUCCUUCCUCAGGAAAUCUACCCAACACCACAGUUGUCACAACCAUAAACAUUGAAGGCAUGACCUGCCAAUCAUGUGUUAAAUCCAUUGAAUCAAACAUUUCAUCGAAAGAUGGCAUCGAAAGCAUAUCUGUUUCUCUCCAGAACAAACAGGCUUCUGUACAUUAUAAUCCGAACAAAUUUAAUCCUGUGAAAAUUGCAGAAGCUAUCGAUGACAUGGGUUUUGAGGCUAAAGUUGCCCAUGACGACAGGUCCUCCUCGUCCGUCUGUGUCAAGAUCAAGGUAGAAGGAAUGACAUGUCAGUCUUGUGUUAAAACUAUUGAAACAAAAAUGUCUACCCACAAAGGUGUCGUUGAUAUUAAGGUCUCGCUUUCUGAUAAAGAAGCCAUUGUGAUGUAUAAUCCUCUGCACACGACACCUCAAACAUUAAGCGAUCAGAUCGAAGAUAUGGGUUUUGACGCCACAUUAUAUAAAGAUGACUGUCACAGUUCUGGUGAUGAAUUUGAUGAAAUUGCUAUCCGAAGUUUGAAAGAAGAAAAUUGUGUUAUUAAUAUUGUGGGAAUGACAUGCAUAAGCUGCGUAAGAAAUAUUGAAUCAAACAUUUCGGGUAAACCUGGAAUAAAAACCAUAAACGUAUCAUUGGAAGGGAAGAGAGGGGUCAUCAGUUAUAAUCCAGAUUUAACGAAUCCUAAAGCAAUCGCGGAUAUGAUUGAUGAUAUGGGAUUUGAAGCCAGUCCUGCUACCUCGGAAAUGGUGAAUGUAGAUUUAAAUGAAGAUGUUAAGACUGUUAUAUUAGAUAUUAAAGGUAUGACAUGUCAUUCGUGUGUUAAAACAAUAGAAGGGAAAAUAAGUGAACAUCCUGGGGUGAAGAGUAUAAAAGUUUUAUUAGCUGAACAAGAAGGUCAUAUUAACUAUAUACAUGAUAGUACAACACCAAGAUUAUUAUGUGAAGCUAUAGAAGAUAUGGGUUUUACAGCUUCUCUAAAAGACAAUACAUCAACAUCCUCAUCCAGUAAAACAUUUACGAGAUCUGUCAGUCAAUCAGAUGUCAAUCAUAUCAAAAAGAAAGUAGAAAUUAAUCAUAUAGGAGAUGAAGAUUAUGAUAAAGCGUUUUUUAAAGUAACCGGUAUGACAUGUGCUUCGUGUGUUAACACCAUCGAAAAAAACAUUGGUAAAUUAGAUGGUGUAGUGAGUGUGUUAGUAGCAUUAUUAGCUCAAAAAGCCGAAGUAAAAUAUGAUGCAGCGUACAUUCUACCAUCACAGAUAGCACAAGCUAUAACAGAUCUAGGUUUUAAUGCGACGGUUAUGGAUAAUGAAGCCGUUGGGGAAGGUGUCGUAGAAUUAAAUAUUCAGGGAAUGACUUGUUCAUCUUGUGUUCAUUUAAUUGAAUCAACUAUGCUCAAGAGACGGGGUAUACAGAAAGCUUCUGUUGCUUUAGCAACAUGCCGUGGUAAAUUCUCAUACGAUUCAGAAAUUACUGGUCCCAGGGAUAUAAUCAGUGCUCUUAAGGGUCUAGGUUUUGAAGCAUCUUUAAUAACUGAUGAUGAUGAACAAGCAUCUCGUUAUGAUCUGAGAGACGAAAUUAAAAAGUGGAGAACCUCAUUUUUAUGGUCAUUAACUUUUGGAGUGCCAGCUAUGAUUAUUAUGAUAUAUUUUAUGGUUGCACCAGCACCAGAACAAUCUUCUGAAGUUGAUGAAUCUGUCAACCCAAACAUAACAACCACAGUUCGUACCACAUUAUUGGGACACGCAGAAAAUAAAAUCAUGGUGUACCCAGGCCUGUCUCUAGAAAAUUUACUUAUGUUUAUACUGGCUACACCAGUACAGUUUAUUGGUGGAAGAUAUUUCUAUAUACAAGCCUAUAAGGCAGUUAAACAUGGUGCCACAAAUAUGGAUGUUCUGGUUGUCUUGGCAACUACAAUUUCAUAUACUUACUCUGUGAUAGUGGUGAUUGUUGCUAUGGCUCUAAAUGAAAUUUCAAGUCCAAUGACGUUUUUUGAAACUACACCUAUGUUAAUGGUAUUUAUUUCUCUUGGUAGAUGGCUGGAACAUGUUGCCAAGGGUAAAACAAGUGAAGCUUUAGCUAAGUUAAUGUCUCUACAACCUGCUGUAGCUAUUUUAGUAGAUGUUGAUAAAGAAUUUAAUGUUCUCUCAGAAACAAGUAUUAAAGUUGAUUUAGUUCAAAGAGGAGAUAUUCUCAAGGUAGUACCAGGUGAUAAAAUAGCUGUUGAUGGUAAAGUUAUAUAUGGCCAAUCAACAUGUGAUGAAUCUCUUAUAACAGGUGAAAGUAUGCCUGUUGUUAAAAAAGUGGGUAUGUCUGUGAUAGGAGGAUCUAUUAAUCAAAAUGGUAUGAUAUUAAUGGAUGCUACUCAUGUUGGUGGGGAGACAACUCUAGCACAAAUUGUCAAACUAGUAGAAGAAGCUCAAACGUCUAAGGCUCCACUACAGAAUUUAGCUGAUAAGAUAGCUGGUUAUUUUGUACCAGCUGUAGUUACUGUAUCAUUACUUACACUAGCUAUCUGGACCUUGAUAGGUUAUGUAGAUGUUAAACUUGUUAAACCAGAUUUUAAUCCCAAUGGUCACAUAACCAAUCAUGAAGUGAUAUUUCAAAGAGCGUUUCAGUUUGCUAUCACUGUAUUGAGUAUAGCUUGUCCUUGUGCACUUGGACUAGCUACACCUACAGCAGUGAUGGUAGGAACUGGUGUAGGAGCAACUAAUGGUAUUCUUAUUAAAGGAGGAGAACCAUUAGAAACAACUCAUAAGUUAAAACAUAUCGUGUUUGAUAAAACUGGAACAGUUACACAUGGUGAACCUCGAGUAUCUCGUGUAGCCAUUUUUGUUGAGAAGAAAGAUUGUUCAUUUAUUGAAAUAUUAUCUAUAGCUGGAACAGCUGAAAACAGUAGUGAACAUCCCAUAGCAACAGCAAUAGUUAAAUAUGCUAAACAGACAUUAAAAGUGGAGACCUUGGCUAAAGUAUCUGAUUUUCAAGCUGUACCCGGUUGUGGUUUAAAAUGUAAAGUAUCACAAGUAGAAUCUAUAUUAGAGAAUGUAGAUAGAAAUGCUGUCAAUAACAGAAGAAAUCAGUUUGGUAGUUUACGUAUAAAAAUAGAUAAUCCUAUAUAUGGUGAUGAGGAUGAAUUAAGUGCUAUACACAUAGAAGACAUUGCAAGUGCUGGUGCUACAGCAUCUAAAUCAUAUGAUGUUUUAAUUGGUAAUCGUGAAUGGAUGAAUAGAAAUGGUUUAACUGUUACUAAAGAGAUGGAUGAUUGUAUGACAGAACAUGAAGAAUUAGGUCACACAGCUGUAUUGUGUGCCAUAGAUAAUCGGGUAGCGGCCAUGUUGGCUGUAGCAGACACAGUUAAAGCAGAAGCUCAUCUAGCAAUUCAUGCAUUAAAAGAAAUGGGACUUGAUGUUAUUUUAUUGACAGGAGAUAAUCAGAAAACUGCUAAAGCCAUUGCACAACAGGUUGGAAUCAAUCGAGUGUUUGCCGAGGUUUUACCAUCACAUAAAGUAAAGAAAAUAAAACAGUUACAAAGACAUGGUAAUAAAGUAGCUAUGGUAGGUGAUGGUGUUAAUGACUCACCAGCUUUAGCUCAAGCUGAUGUUGGCAUAGCUAUUGGAACUGGUACUGAUGUAGCAGUUGAAGCAGCUGAUAUUGUUUUAAUAAAGAGUGAUUUAUUAGAUGUAUAUACAGCCAUUAAGUUAUCUCGAGCAACUGUACAAAGAAUAAGAAUGAAUUUUUUAGCAGCUUCUAUAUAUAAUAUUGUUGGUAUACCUAUUGCUGCAGGUAUUUUUACACCACUUGGUUUCUCUUUAGUACCAUGGAUGGCGUCUGCUGCCAUGGCUAUGUCCUCUGUUUCUGUUGUCUUCUCUUCAUUACUCCUCAAAUCAUUUAAGAAACCCAACAAACUAAAGAUGAUGACGGCAGAAUAUCAUAAGAAAUAUUUUGACGAUCAAACAGCAGAUAAUAUCUCCAUGCAUCGUGGUGUAGAGGAUGAUUCUGCUAGUGCUAAGUCAAGUCGACAAGGCAGCAUAUUAUCACGACUAAGUGGUAAAGCUAAACCCGCUACUCCUGAUCAACGCAGUUUAUUGGACCCAGUUACUGGCGAUAAUGACAAUGAAAUAGAAAUGAUAACUAAGUGCUAACUGUGAUGAUAAUGAAAUAGAAAAAGUGUUUAAUCUGAUGAUAAUGAAAUAGAAAUGAUAACUAAGUGUUAAAUCUGUUGAAAACAGUCAUGAAACAAAUGUUAACUCUGGUGGUAAAGAAAUAGAAAUGAUAACUAAGUGUUAACUCUGAUGAUAAUGAAAUAGAAAAAGUGUUUAAUCUGAUGAUAAUGAAAUAGAAAUGAUAACUAAGUGUUAAAUCUGUUGAAAACAGUCAUGAAACAAAUGUUAACUCUGGUGGUAAAGAAAUAGAAAUAAUAACUAAGUGUUAACUCUGAUAUUUGAUCAUGAAGUUCAACUAAUUACCGAUAUUAAGUUUUAACUCUGAUAUUGAUAAUGAAGUAGAAAUAAUAAGUGAGAACAGCUAGUAAUGGACUACUAAUCAACCAUUGGGAAAACUCUAAAAUAAAAUUAUCAAAACAGCAAUUGAUAUUAAUUUUUUUUUUCAAAUUGUUAAUCUAAUGAUACAGUUGAAGGAAUCCAAGUCGGCUAAUUAAAUGUAAAUUUUGUACUUUUUUAUUACAGAAAUAUGCUUUAUCUUCAAUAUAUUUACAGAAUUAAGAAAUAUUCACUUGUAAAAUAAUGUACAUUUAUUUCCCAUAAUUUCAUAAUUGAUCUAACAUCUAACCCAUAAUUAUAUGGUUUGAUGCAUAAAAAAAUUUCGAAUCUGUAAUCUGCUUUUGAUACUGAAUCUCCAAAACAUUGGGGUGAAUCUUAGCCACAAUGUGGUUAUUUGUUUGAAACACAGCUUUCUACUCUAGUAACAGUUGUAUUCUCAAUCCAAAUACUGGUAAUACAGUUGCUUAGUUCUAGACACUAAUCACUAAUAAUAUUGUCAACUGUAGCUUGUUAACAAUUUAUAAAGAAUGAUUAACAGUGAUACAAAGGGUUAAUGAUUUUAUAUCUCUAAAUCGAUUAUAGAUAGCAAAACAACAUAUCAUACAUCAAUGGUCAGGAUGAAAAACAAAUUUAUUGUUUGUAAGCAUAUAUGAAAAUUUUUGCAAAGAAAAUAACUUGAAUCUCUGUGAUUAUAAUACUUACUGUAUUAUUUGUAAACAUACUUGUUUUUUUUUUUGUAUAUAUCUUUUAAAAUUUUCAGUCAAAUAACUAUGUUGGAAAUCUGACUGAUAAUCAAUUAUGAUCAGAUAUCCACCAGGAGUUUUAUUUCAAAAUUUUGCUGGCAAAAUGUCUUUUACUAGAGUGCUAUCUGAAAAUAUUAUGAAAAAUAAAAUAAAAGUUGACAAUUGACAAUGUAUGUACCUGUUAUCGGUAAAAUAAUAUCAUUGAAUUGUUCAUUUCAUUAUUAUAUUUCAAGAUUAAUAUAUGAUGUUAUUUUUAGUAUAUAGUAAAUAUUAUUGUAAAAUAAAGUAUUAUAGUUGUUGUAAUUAAACAUUAUGAGAUUGAACAUAUUGAAAUAUUGAAUAUUCAUUUAAAUAGUGAUAAAUCGUUUUAAAUUGUAUAAUAAUUGUACUAUAAAAUAUUUGUAAUAUAUAAUUAUAUUUUUUAAUUCAUUGUUGUUUUCCUGCAAUGCUGUUAAACAGGAUUGUCAAUUUUAUAUAAUGUAAUAUUAGCAAUAUUUUAUAUGAAUGCAUAAAUGUCCCAUUCUCCAGUCUUCGUAUUGAAAUAGUAUUUCAUUGACUUCUGCUAACACAAUCUUUUGUGGCUCCAAGAAUACUUGGUAUCUUAAAAGGGAUGGAUGUCAGAUAAGGUGGCAUUGGUCUGUGAGGUAUGAAAUUCUCUGAUGUGUCACAGUGAUGAUUUAUUUAGAUUGUUGUUGAACCAAAUAUAGUUGAUUAAUGAUCUAGAGUGAAAAUGGAGUUUAGUGUCCACUCUAGCUACACUACAUCAUUUUGGGACUAACAUGAUGUAUUUUUACUCCAAUAAAUUGCUUCUGCACAGGGCCCUUUAAUAUUGAAGUCUGAGGAACCCAUUAGGUCUGGCUGGCAUUGUGCAUGCAUGGAACCAAAUCUAUGACUGAAAGGCCCUGAGCUUAGACACUCCCUCAUUCUAAAUAAUAGAAUUGUAUUCAGUGUGUAAUUUCGUUAAUCAUGUAUAAAGUAAGAAAUCCUAUGUAGACAAGUAUAUGUUAACACUUAUGUCAGUUAUAUGUAUAUAAUCCAGAUGUCUAUGUUAUAUAUAUUGAUAUUGUAUCUCUUAUUUGAUACAGAUAAACAUUAUUAAAUUAUUUCAUCUUUUUAUAACUUUGUGGGGUGGUAUCACCCAUUUUAACCCCAUCUUUUAACCUGUCAAAUUAAAUAAAACAUAUUUUAACUUGU